GCCCCUCAUCCAGUGAAGGCCGGCUUGGGACACUCUCCACUUCCCUCCACUUCCCCUCUGGGAGCCCUUUUCACCGUACCCCCGCACCUUGCUUCGGGCGAUGCCCCAGAGGGAACUGUGGCCAGCGGGGCCUGGCUCGGAACCCGUGACCCGCUGCAUCGGCAGCUGUGACAGCAUCAUGAGCACCACGUCCACACGCUCUGGAUCUAGUGAUAGCAGCUACGACUUCCUGUCCGCUGAAGAGAAAGAGUGUCUGCUCUUCCUGGAGGAGACCAUCGGCUCACUGGACACUGAGGCUGACAGUGGACUGUCCACUGACGAGUCUGAGCAAGACACAGCUCCGCAAGGCCCCCGAGCUCUGCCCAUAACCCAGCCUGCUCCCCAGGGAUAUCCAGGGGAGAAGAUCAUUCAGCAAGGACCAGAGCCAAGGAGAGGGACUCAGCCCAGCUCAACCCAUCUGCCUGAGCCCCAAGGCCUGGGCCUCAGGUGUGGCUCCUAUAGCCUCCCCAGAAAUAUCCACAUUGGCAACAACCAGAACCUCAGGAAAAGCACCACCCAGACUAAUAGCCACCGCCCAGGGGAACCAGAGGGGCUCGUCUCCAAGCCUAAGAAAGAGCAGGUCAGCCAAAGCUGUGAGCCCAACCAGGCUCCGGCCGGCCCCCAGCCGCCUGCCCGGCAGUUGGACACGGUGCCCAUCCCUCCGCCAGAGGCCUUCCAGGACGGCCAGCACGAGCCACGUGAGCAAGACCACCUGCCCCCGGGGCCCGGGCAGCAGAGCCGCGCCUCACUCCGCCCCCAGGAGAGCAAGGAGACUUCCUCAGAGGCCAUGUCCCAAAGGGCCAAUAAGAAAGGCUCGUCGGGGGAACUAGGGCAGCCUCGGCCUCCUCCCGCCACGUCGUCUCAGAAUGUGAGAGCCAAAGACGCUCCCGUCCCACCAGGGGGGGACCCCAGUGCCCGGCUUGCGCCCCUCACAGCCUCUAAGCCCAGGAAGCUGCCCCCCAACAUCGUUCUAAAGAGCAGUAGAAGCAGUUUCCACAGCGAGCCCCAGAACUGGCUGUCCCGCCACUCAGAGGCCGGCCCCGGAGACUCGGGCCUGGCCUCGUCCUCGCUGCAGGAGCAGAAGAAGGCGCGCCGAGAAGCCCUGGAGAAGCUGGGGCUACCCCAGGACCAGGAUGAGCCCAGCGCCCACUUAAGUAAACACGCCAGCUCCACCCGACUCCAGGCCCCCCUCCAGGCUCGGGCUCCGGUUCAGCCUGCAGUUCCAGCUCAGGGCACAGCCGCUGUGCCCACUAGAGGAAAGGCUCCAGCCCCAGCUCCGACACGGGGACCUUCUCCGGGGAAGGCCCCGGCUCCCACUCCUGCUCAGGGGUCUUCUCCAGACAAGGGUUCAAUUCCUGCCCAGGAACCCGCUCCAGGGAAGGCGCCAGCUGCCAAAUCCAUGCCAAUUCCUAUCCCUAUGGCCCCCGGGGUAAGUAGGCCCCUGACCCAGCCAAGGCCAGACCCAGGGCUGACUCUCCAGGAGAGCAACAUCCCUGGCCUGAGACAGAUGAACUUCAAGUCCAACACUCUGGAGCGCUCAGGCGUGGGGCUGAGCAGCUACCUCUCGGCUGAGAAAGACCCCAGCCCCAAAACCAGCACCUCUCUGGGCAAAGACUCCUUCUUGGACAAGAUGUCUCCUAAUGUCUUGCGUAACUCGCGGCCCCGCCCUGCCUCCUUGGGCACGGGGAAGGACUUUGCAGGGAUCCAGGGGGGCCAGUUGGCUGACCUGGAGCGGGAGCAGAGCACCAAGCGCCUGUCCUACCAAGGACAGAGCCGUGACAAGCUGCCUCGACCCCCCUUCGUCAGUGUCAAGAUCUCCCCAAAAGGCAUCCCUGAUGAGCACAGAAGGGAAGCUCUGAAAAAGCUGGGACUGUUGAAGGAGUAGUCACUGGCCCCCAGCAUAGCCCCACACAGCCCCUGCCUCAGCCCCUGCCAUACAAGAGGAGGCUCGGGGUCUUUCCCACCCAACAGCUCACAGCUUGGGCACGAGCGGGCUUCUCUCCAGGGCUUUCCUCUCUCUGAGGCGAAGGGGAGGGAGAGGUAGGUCUCCAGGCAUACACAUACGUUUAUAUUCAGAGUGGUUGUGUCAAUGAGUGCCUCCCCAAAUCAUCCUGAAGGUGAUUUCCACAAGACAGUGUGUGUGUGUGUGUGUGUGUGUGUGUGUUUACUAAUAGGCUGUAUAUUUCACUGAAGCUAUUUAUAUGACGCAAGGAGUCAUUGCUCAGAGUUCUGCUUGUGUUGGAGAUUUUCUUACCCUGAGUAGAAUUCAGCCCAGCCAGAACUGAGGGGACAGGGGUGGCUAAGCCUGAAAAAAAAAGUCAGAUGAGACGAUGGAUGUGCCAGGGGCAUUAGGCAGAUGCCGGGUCGUAUGAAAUGUGGGCCUCCCAGAAUCCCCGCAUGGAAGGAGACUGGCUCCUACCUUGUAGGAUCCCUCUCUCAGUUCUGAACUUCCGGACGGGGCCCAGGAGGAGUAGCUUUGUCAUCUCCUCCCCCACUCUACCUUCUCACUGUCCCCAGCCCUGAGGACAGGACACAUCCCUGUAACUAAAACUCUGUUAACUGGGGGUGGGAGGGCUCUGGGUGGCCUGAGGAGGCAGGGUAAGUGACCACCCAGCACGCUUCCACUGGGAAAGAUCCCGGCCCGGGGGCCUGGCGAAUUUAUCAUCGCAAACGGUGCAGUGAUCCCUGACGCUGCUGUCCCUAACCUCCUGCUGCCUACCUCAGCCUGCACAUGACUGACCCCAGGGCUGGGCCAACCCUGAGAUGGAAGUCUAAGCCCUGAGGCUUUAGAAAUACGGAAGAACUAUUUGAGGCCUUUGUCUCGGCUACUGCAUGUAGUUUUGUCUGUUUCUAUGGGAAGGCAACCCAGUACAUUCUCUGCUAGUUAUUCACAGAAUAUCUGAGCUGGGAAGAAUUUUAGAAAGGAAGGAGACUCUCAUGUCCCACACUGUUGGGGAAGGGAAGUGACUCAUCCGUGGUCAUUCUGCCAUCCUGUAACAGAGCAGGGACCCUGGCUUCUCAUUCCAUGCUGUCUGCCGCCUCCCUCACACGGCACCCUCAGGAUCAGCAGUCAGAGUCAAAGGUUCAACCCUCAGGCCCUUCAAGAUCCUAAGGUGUCUUCUGAAACAUCAGAGAUUAAAUGUUGCU